GAGGCUGGGUCCCUGCCCAGCGCGGUGAGCUGGAGCCAUGAGCCACUGCCAGCAGCGCUGCAAGAGGCAGCUGGGCCGGGUGAUCCGCUUCUUCUACCAGUUUGUCACCGGGACCCUCUCCCAAGGCAACCCGCCAGGCCAAACUAAAAAAGCGCUGAAGCAGCGAUUCCUCAAACUGCUGCCCUGCUGCCGGCCCAAAUCCAUCCCCUCGCUCAGCGAAAACAGCGUUGAGGAUGAGUUUGAGCUCUCCACCAUCUGCCACCGCCCUGAGGGGCUGGAGCAGCUCCAGGAGCAGACCAAGUUCACCCGCAAAGAGCUGCAGGUCCUGUACCGAGGCUUCAAGAAUGAGUGCCCGAGUGGCAUCGUCAAUGAAGAAAACUUCAAGCAGAUCUACUCACAGUUCUUCCCGCAGGGAGGUGAGUGCCCAUCCCUGUCCCCUUUCCCACGCCCUGCAUGGGUGCCUCCACAGGGCAAGGGUUUACACAGCACCCCCCUCACUGUUUACCUCCCCCCAGAUUCCAGCACGUACGCCACCUUUCUCUUCAAUGCCUUUGACACCGACCACGACGGCUCCGUCAGCUUUGAGGACUUUGUGUCUGGGCUGUCCACCAUCCUACGGGGCACCAUUGAUGACCGCCUGAACUGGGCUUUCAACCUCUACGACCUGAACAAAGACGGCUGCAUCACCAAAGAGGAAAUGCUGGACAUCAUGAAGUCCAUCUACGACAUGAUGGGCAAAUACACCUACCCGGCCAUGCGGGAAGAAGCACCCCGGGAGCAUGUGGAGAACUUCUUCCAGAAAAUGGACCGAAACAAGGAUGGCGUGGUGACAAUUGAGGAGUUCCUGGAGUCCUGCCAGAAGGAUGAGAACAUCAUGCGGUCCAUGCAGCUCUUUGACAGCGUGAUUUAGCUCCCGGACCUGCCUCCAGCUGAGCUCUCCUGCCACUGAGCCCAGAACCUGCUUCUCUCUCGACUUUUCCUUCAAGCCUGCUUUCCACCGGCUGCACAGACACCUCCAUGAAAAUGGGCCUCCCUUCCUGGAGACAUGGCCGGCGC